AUGGCCUCCGCCAGUGGAGGGCCUCGAGAUGGACCUAUUGGUAGAAGAUUCCCAUCGUUCAUGGACCAAAACAAAGAAUUCGGUCGAAUCAUAAUCCUUCAGAUGACUGGAAUCGACGGUCAUAUCUUACCUAAAAACCCGUUUAUUAUAGGCGAAUCGAUAGAGAAGGCAGUAGGUAGUGUCGAAUCGGCCUAUAGUGAAGCCCAAGGUACGAAAUACACUAUAAAGACCAGGAAACAGGAACAGGUUGACAAAUUGCUGGCUCUUCAAUGUCUACUCGAUGGCACAAAAAUAACAAUCAAGUACCACCCAACUUUAAACUCCUGCAAGUGCGUCAUCUCAUCGUAUGACUUGAUCGAAAUGAACGUAACGGAAAUUCAAGAACAACUCGCCAACCAAAAUGUCUCAGAAGUACGCAGGAUCAUUCGUAAGCAAGACAAUUUAAAAGUUAACACUUCUACACUCAUUCUCACCUUCAAACAAACAACGUACCCCGAAUACGUGAAGGUAGGACUACUACGAGUCGCCACCAGAACGUACUAUCCCAACCCCAUGUUGUGCUACGAAUGCUUCGAGUAUGGGCACUCAUCGAAACAUUGUAAAGGGCCGAAACGUUGUUUCAACUGUUCUGCAGAACAUCCGAUGACAAAUCCUGAUGAAACUGAUAGCACCGAACAACCCGAAUGCAAAAAGCCUCAAUUUUGUCGCAAUUGUGAAGGAGAACAUAGACCAGGAAACAAAAAGUGUGAAGUCUAUCAAAAAGAAGCCAAAAUAGUCAAAGUGAGAAUCGAUUCCAACAUCACCUAUGCAGAAGCUCGAAAGCGAGUCGAAAGCGGACAGAACAGUUAUGCUCAAGCUACAGCCCAAAAUCGAAAAGAUUCGAUUAAAUUUGACGAACUAAUCAAGGAAAACAGAAGAAAGGACGAACUGAUCGCAAAUUUGACAAACAACAACAAACAACAGUCAAUGCAAAUCGAAAGGCUUCUCAAUGAAAUUCAAAAUCUUAGAGAGGACUUGAGUGUACGAUACGUUAACAGCAAUAUACAAACUACGCCAAACAACGAUACUAUGGACAGAACUAGGAGCCGAUCACGAACUGUGAACCCCGACAAAUUUGAGCAAAGAAACGAGAUUAAGCGGAACAGAGGAAUUUCACAAAGACGUGUAGCUACCUCUAUCAGCCCUCCAAUGAAGAAGACCACCCACAUGACCAACAAAGAUCAAGAAAACACUGAAACGGUUUCUCGGCAAAUGGAUAUGUAUACAUCUGAUACGGAAACUCCUGAACAAACUCCUCGAACUCCUCAUGGCGGACCAAACGAAAAAAACAAACAAAGAUCAACAUAA